GUUUACCGCCCGAAAAAAUAUCCAGCACGCCAAAAUAUGGGGGAAAAAUUCUAUUGUACACCAUAUCAUAGGUUGGAAAAUCCGAUGGAACAAACGUUUUAGUCUUCUUUUUGUACAUAAAAUGUCUAAAGGAUAACACAAAAAAACUGUGUCAUUUAUUGCUCCUUUGCCCCUAAACUACCCUCAAAACUAAGAUAGAAGCUUCUAAGUCAUUUAGAAAUGGUAGUGAAUUUUCUUGUUAUAACUGCCAUUAUCAGAUAAAACAUUCUUCGAAUUAUGUUCAUUUCAUGUUCUCUUAAAUUGUUACGCUAAUACAUUGCCAUUAUUUUUAUGCUCAUUAAAAGUUGCAUCGAACCAGUGGGUUUAUUAAAUGAUGUAUUGACUCCAACAGAUAGCAGGCGCGCCUUCCGAUCUAAUAAUCUAAGUUUUUAGUGUCUUAUCUUAUCUGCAUUCAAAGUAAUAGCAUGUCCUGUCCGUGGACUUUGCUAUCUUUUUUAAUAAAAAGGUGUUUCCUGUUUUAUUCCUUUCCGGGAUUUCAUUUAUCGCAACUGGAAAAUCCUGAUCAUGCUUUUUGUACGAUCGUUUAUUUUCCUUGAAUAAAAUAGAAAAGUAGGAAAACCACAGGUCGUCCAACUCGAGAUAAAUGACAAUGUUGCUGGCUCUAUGUACAUUUUAUCAAUAUGGUUCGUGUAAAUGGCAUUUUGUAAAUAAAGUAAUACAUUAUGCCAUUUACAAAUUGUUAAAGCAGGAAAAAUAGUGUGACGUGCAAAUGAAGAAAUACUGAUAAACUACAUCCUGUUAAACAAUUAUAAAACACCGAAAGCAGGACAUUGCCAGAUCAAAAUUAUAUAAUAAGGAAUACGUGUUGUUCUUUCUGUUUUUGUAAAAAACUUUCUACAUAUGUCUGCGUUGACAUAUGCUUUCGAAAUGGACACCCAGAUUAUCUAUCAAUUUUUAGUAUGGUUGGGAAUGACUCAUAAUCGCAUGUGUGUAGCUGAUGCAGACUGGCAUUUUUUAGGACAAAAUGUAGCUUUAAACAAACCUGUGAGCCAAAUGCCAGGCACGUACAGAGAGCAUAUACCUUAUCCAGCAAACCUGGCUGUUGAUGGAGACAAUAGUACAGACUUUAGUACAGGCAGUUGCAGCCAUACGUCAAAAGGCAAUAUCAGUGGAUCGGCUUCUUUAACAGUUGACCUUGGCAGAAAAUUUAAUAUUACAGGAAUAGUGAUAUUUAACCGACAAGACUACAGAGAGAGGCUUCAGAACUUUGUUGUUUUAGGAGACAGCGUUGUUAUUUACAACGAUACAGGAAUUCAAGCAUAUAAUAACAAAACUAUAAGAAUUGAAGUAGACGGUUCAAACUCAUAUUCGUCAAUAACUGUACAAAUACCAGGACAUACAGGCAACCCUGACGGUGGAUAUGCUUUUUUGACUUUAUGCGAAGUACAGGUCUAUGCAUCCCCUCGAGCUUGUCCUCCUGUACGGCCUUGCGCUAGAAAAGGUCUCCAUGCCGGUAUCUAUGGGAACUCUGGCAAGCUGGUCAAUAAUACGAAUACUGUUGGAACAGUGAUAUGGUUUUCUUGUAAAAUGGGAUAUCACAUGAAAGGAUCCUUUUCUAUUGAAUGUCUUGAUACUGGAUAUUACAAUACUUCUAUACCUAUCUGCAUCCCAGAUGGAUGUGACGAGGGAUAUGAAGUGGAUGAUAGCCUCACACAACGCAUAUGUUUUGAUACGACGUCUUUCAUUGGAAAUGAAAGUGAGUGUAUGAAGAUACAGUGUCCAUACCCGGUUAAAUUACGGAAUGGAUACUAUUUAUUUCCAAACGGAAGUACGUAUUAUUCAAAUGAAACAAAUUAUGACACUGUAGUGUAUGCGGCUUAUGACAUAGCUUAUCUCGUAGGUGGAGACGUUGAGAGAGGCUGCAGAUCAGAUUGCAUUAGGAAUGAAGAGUUCACCUUUUGUCGCAAAGUCACGUUGUGUGAUCACCCUGGAGAUUUUUCUAAUGGCUCAUACGUGUUUGCAAAAGAUACAAACCCGUAUGUGAAUGGAACCCAGGCUUAUUCUGUUGGUAUAAAUGCAAAAUGUGAUAAAGGAUAUGUCCUUAAUUCUACUUCAAAGAAAAGAGAAUGCCUAAAAACAGGCUUAUGGAGCGGUGAAAACCCGGUUUGUAUUCCAGUAACGUGUAAAUGGCCAUUACAUUUAGAUGGUGGAUAUUACAUAUCCUCACAAAAUUCAGUCUCCAUGGGAUUGCCCUUAGGCAGCAAUAUCACGGCUUACUGCAACGGCAGUUUCCGACUCGCUAAGCAGUACACAACUAGAAGUUGUAAUGAAAGCGGAAUCUGGGAAAAUGUGCCAGAAAUUUGUAUACCAGAAACUGAAGACAGCGGCAACAAAGUUUUCUUUUAUUUCAUUGGAGUUGCCUCUUCAUCCGUUAUACUGCUUGUCGGAGUGACUACGAUAAUUAUUUUUAAGGUUUCUUGCCUGAAAUUAAAUACAAGAUCGGAUGAAGAUCAUUAUACAGAUCUGCACGAACAUUUAGGAGAACAUCGUGACUAUGAUCAAUUAUGCAAUUUAGGCAUGUCAGAAACAGCAGACCGUGUCCUCGGAGGCCAUAUCAAUGAAGAAAUUUAUAACGACGUAAACGAGGCAGCUAGGGAAUCAGUUUGUAAAGAGGUUGUUGAGUUGGGUAAUGAAGAAGAAGUAAUGAAUGACCUUCAAGUGCCUCCAGAUGGCGUCUAUUUCAUUCCAGAAAAUGAGCACGAGGAUCAUCGUUAUUGUGAUACUAGUUUAGAAGACCAGAGUUGCCAAAGUACCGUGUGACAAACGAUCUGUACUGAUUAAGCUGUAAAGUCAACGACUAAGAAUCAGAGUGUUUACAAAUCAUUUUAAGGUUCAUUUUAUCUAUUUGGUUAUAUCCUAACACGUUAAUAUUCAUUUUUGAAGUAUAUACUCCCUAGACCAUUACUCUAUAGAUCAGUCGAGAAAGUUGUUUCUAUCUGCCAAAUUUAUUAUAUGAGCCGCACCAUGAGAAAAUCAACAAAGUGCAUUUGCGACCAGCAUCCAGUCUGGUCAGGAUCCAUGCUGUUCGCUAACGGUUUCUCUAAUUGCAAUAGGCUCUUAAAGCGAACAGCAUGGAUCCUGACCAGAC